AUGCCGCACUACUCCAAAAUAUUGAAAGACCUUUUGAGUGGGAGAAGGGAGUGUGAAGCCGUGAACCUAACCGCAAAUUGUAGUGCUAUUAUUUCCAACAAACUUCCUACCAAAUUGAAGGAUCCAGGUAGUUUCUCCAUUACUUGUUCCAUUAAUGGUGUUGAGUUUGAAAAGGCUUUGUGUGAUUUGGGAGCAAUUGUAAGCCUCAUGCCCUAUUCCAUCUACCAAAAGCUUAGUGUAGGAACCUUCUCCCCCACAAAUGUUACUCUUCAACUAGCGAACCGCUCUACUAAGUUUCCCAUGGGUAAGGUUGAGGAAGUUCCCCUUACGGUAGGAAAGUUCACAUUUCCCGUGGACUUUUAUGUGGUAGAGAUUGAUGAGGAUGAGAAGAUUCCUAUUAUUUUAGGUAGACUGUUUCUAGCUACCUCUAGAGCAAUCAUUGAUGUGAAGGAGAGUAAGAUGACCUUAAAAAUUGACAAUGAUUCCAUUGAAUUUGACUUGAAUAAUGUCAUGCAACAACCCUCCUCAAGUGGUGAAUGUUUUAGAAUUGAUGUUCUUGAUACCAUGCUCAAUGAAUUUUCUCGCUCUUAUAUGCACGUUACUAAUGAUACUCUUGAGAAUGUCUUGUUGAAUGUGACUAAGAUAGGUCCAAAAGAGGAAGUGCUAGCAUACGAAGCAAUGCUCAAUGAGUAG